GCGGAGCUCCAGCUCAGAGCUUCAUCAUCUCCGGACUUUUCCUCUCCAUCUUUCCUUUCCUUCUGACUGAAACACGUGUUUAACAUCUCUGUGCUUUUGUCCUGGUGGUGAAUCACUGAGCGGCUGUUUAGGAAGCGGCUGAAGGAGGAAAGUUGCCUGGGAUCUGUUGGAGGAAUCGGAACACCGGGGCAGAAAAUCUGAUCUUCUCUUCUUUCUGGAAGUCUGAUUGUUUUGGGGAUUUCUUAUUAGACUCGGAUGCGUUUUAGACCGUAAUAAAGUGAAGAUCUCACAGUGUUCAGAAGUUCAGCUGGAUGCAGGCGGUGAGACUUGGUUCUAUUUCCAUAUGGUCAACGGGACGUAGUGACGUCACAGCAAAUAAACAACAACACAUCAACAGAGAAUAAACAAUAAAAGUGUAGCUGUACUACAUACUGAACUGUACUGAACCACGUGACCGCUCGUGAUGACGACGACGAUGAGGAUGAUGAGGAUGAUGAUGUUGAUGAUGAAAUAAUUACAGUCGAUGGCUAAUUCAUCAUAGUUCUAAAAUUGUGUGAUGGAGAAUAUUACACUGACUGACUGUGACCCACUCUUUUGGAUUUAAUACACACACACACACACACACACACACACACACACACAAUCCAGAGGAUCCAGAGACAGAAGCACAAGAUGAUGAGACUAAAGUGUUUGUUACUGCUUCUGCUUUUCCACUAUGGAGCUUCUCAAGACGAUGUCCCACCAUACUUUAAGACAGAACCGGUGCGUUCUCAGCUCCACCUCGAGGGGAACCGUUUGGUUCUCACCUGCAUGGCAGAAGGUAGCUGGCCACUCGAAUUCAGAUGGAUUCACAACACCACUGAGCUCACGCCAUUCUCCCUGGAGUACAGGUAUCUAAUCCCCUCUCUGGAUUGGACUCAUGCUGGUUUUUAUCGCUGUGUUGUGCGGAAUCGAGUUGGAGCUCUGCUGCAGCGCAGGACAGAAGUGCAGGUGGCCUUUAUGGGUGCCUUUAAUGACACUGUGAGAUCUGAGAGCGUGUCUCAGGGAGAUGCUGCCGUGAUAAAAGCGCCGCAGAUCCACAGCUUUCCUCAGCCGCAGGUCAUGUGGUUCAGAGACGGCAGGAAGAUUCCACCAAGCAGCCGCAUUGCCAUCACUCUGGAUAACACACUGGUCAUCCUCUCAGCUGUGGCUCCAGAUGCUGGACGUUAUUAUGCUCAGGCUGUAAAUGACAAGAAUGGAGAGAAUAAGACGAGUCAACCAAUCACACUCACUGUGGACAAUAUCGGUGGUCCUGCAGACCCCAUUGCUCCAUCCAUUGUUUUCCCCCCCAGGAACACAAGUAUUGUUUCUGGAACUUCAGAGGUCACCAUGGAGUGUGUGGCCAAUGCCCGGCCAUUAAUAAAGCUGAGUAUAAGCUGGAGGAGGGACGGCGUUCCUGUACGUUCAGGUCUGAGUGACUUUAACCGCAGGUUGACGAUCCUCAGUCCCACCGUUACAGAUUCAGGAUUUUAUGAGUGUGAGGCAGAGUUACGGAGCAGCAGUGUGCCGUCUGUUAGUGCUGGAGCAUUUCUGCAUGUGUUGGAGCCUCCACAGUUUGUAAAGGAACCAGAGAAACACAUCACUGCUGAGAUGGAGAAGGUGGUGGACAUUCCGUGUCAGGCAAAAGGUGUUCCCCAACCUGAUAUUGUGUGGUAUAAGGAUGCGGUUCUCAUCAGUCCAUUAAAGAAUCCUCGUUAUCAUGCCCUGGCUGGUGGCAGUCUACAGAUUAAUGGCCUUCUGCCUGAUGAUACCGGAAUGUUCCAGUGUUUUGCUCGCAAUGCUGCUGGAGAAGUGCAAACCAACACCUACCUUGCAGUCACAAGCAUUGCACCGAAUAUAACUGCAGGUCCCUCAGACAGCACAGUGAUUGAUGGGAUGUCAGUCAUUUUGCAUUGUGAGACAGCAGGAGCUCCCCGACCCGCUAUCACUUGGCAGAAAGGUGAGCAUGUAUUAGCAAGUGGAUCAGUCCAGAUGCCACGCUUCACCCUGUUAGAAUCGGGCAGCCUUUUGAUAAGCCCCGCCCACCUAUCUGACUCGGGAAGAUAUACCUGUACUGCAAGCAACUCACGUGGCAUUGACCAGGCCUCAGCACACCUGGGGGUCUGGGCUCGUACCCGUAUCACUACCUUACCUCAGGAUCAAAGUGUCAUUAAGGGCACUAAAGCCACCCUGACUUGUGGAGUGUCUCAUGACCCCAGUGUUACUGUCAGGUUUGUGUGGGAGAAAGAUGGUCAGUUGAUUAACCCCCAGUCAUCGCCACGGUUACGGUUGGACAUUAACGGUACGUUACACAUCUCUCAGACGUGGUCAGGUGACAUUGGAAGCUACACCUGCAGAGUGACCUCACAAGGAGGAAAUGACUCUCACACUGCACACCUGAAAGUCAGGCAGCUGCCUCAUGCUCCUGAGAACCCGAGUGCCAUAUUAAGCUCUGUGGAGAAGAGAACCAUCAACCUGACGUGGGCAAAACCAUUUGAUGGAAACAGUCCUCUCAUACGCUACAUACUCGAAGUGUCUGAGAACAAUGCCCCAUGGACAGUUCUCAUAACAGAUGUUGCCCCCAGCUCCACAGCCUUGACCGUCAGUGACCUGACUCCAGCUCGGUCUUAUCAGUUUCGCUUAUGUGCAGAGAACAAUGUGGGGAGAGGAAGCUACAGCACUGAGACAAGACGAGUGUCUCUCCCAGAGGAGCCCCCCAGUGCACCCCCACAGAAUGUCAUCGCCAGUGGCCGUACCAACUCGUCCAUCAUGAUCCAGUGGCAGCCUCCUCCUGAGAAUCAGCAGAAUGGAGCGCUCCGGGGAUACGUCAUACGUUACCGCCUGACUGGUCUCCCAGUGGACAUCCAGUACAAAAACAUCUCCAAUCCAGAAGUGACAAACCUGCUCCUGGAGGAUUUGAUCAUCUGGACCAACUAUGAGAUAGAAGUUGCAGGAUAUAACGGUGCUGGACUGGGUGUCUACAGCCACAAGGUGACGGAGUGGACGCUGCAGGGAGUCCCCACUGUUGCUCCAGGUGGUGUUCAGGUAGAAGCUGUAAACUCCACCACAUUACGCUUCACCUGGACUGCACCUAACCCUCAGUUUAUCAACGGCAUCAACCAGGGAUAUAAGCUUUUAGCAUGGCAGGCGGGGCAGGGGGAGGAGCUUAUUGUUGUUACGGUUCAGCCCAAUUUCCAGGAUGGUGUCCAUGUCGGCAUCAUCAGCGGUCUAAAGAAAUUUACAGAGUAUUUCACAUCGGUUCUGUGUUUCACUACACCAGGGGACGGACCACGGAGCCCCACCCAGAGAAUACGUACUCACGAAGACACUCCUGGUGCUGUUGGUCAUCUGAGUUUUACUGAAAUUCUCGAUACGUCUUUGAAAGUCAGUUGGAGAGAACCACAUGAGAAGAACGGCAUCCUCACUGGGUAUCGUAUCUCGUGGGAGGAGUUUAACCGCACAAACACACGGGUCACACACUACCUGCCCAACGUCACUCUACAGUACCGUGUCACAGGACUUACUGCUUUAACCACCUACACAAUCGAGGUGGCAGCAAUGACAUCUAAAGGACAGGGACAGCUAUCAUCAUCCACCAUCUCAUCAGGGGUACCACCAGAGCUUCCUGGUCCACCAACUAACUUGGCUAUCUCCAACAUCGGCCCUCGAUCAGUUACACUGCAGUUCAAACCAGGUUACGAUGGAAAGACGUCCAUCUCCCGCUGGCAGGUAGAGGCACAGAGCAGUAUAAUUGGAGAAAAUGAGGACUGGGUGUUGGUUCAUCAGCUGACUAAUGAGCCUCAUGCUCGAUCAAUGGAAAUACCUGCUCUCAAUCCCUACACCUUCUACAGAUUUCGUAUACGUCAGGUGAACAUUGUGGGCACCAGCCCACCCAGUCAACCUUCUAGAAAGAUCCAGACCCUGCAGGCUCCACCUGACAUGGCUCCUCUUAACGUCACACUGCGCACAGCCAGUGAAACCAGCCUCUGGCUCCGAUGGGUGCCCCUACCAGAGUGGGAGUAUAAUGGAAAUCCAGAGUCUCUUGGAUAUAAAGUGCAGUAUAGUCGGAUUGGACAUCAUGAUAAAGUCCUAACCCACAUUAUUCCUGACCGUUUGGAGAGAGAGUUUACCAUCGAAGAUUUAGAAGAAUGGACUGAAUAUGAAGUCAAAGUCCGAGCGAUUAAUGGCAUUGGAGCUGGACCAUGGAGUCAACCUGUUCAGGGGCGGACCCGAGAAUCUGUGCCCUCCAGUGGUCCAUCUAAUGUCUCAGCAUUCUCCACAUCCUCCAGCAGUAUUUUGGUUCGCUGGUUUGAGGUUCCUGAGCCUGACAGAAAUGGGCUCAUCCUUGGCUACAAGGUGGUGUAUAAGGAAAAAGAUUCAGACUCUCCUCUUCAGUUGUGGACAGUAGAAGGAAACACCACUCACAGUGCUGAGUUAACACAUUUAGGGAAAUAUGUCCUCUAUGAGAUACAGGUUUUAGCAUUCACACGUAUUGGAGAUGGACUCCCAUCCUCUCCUUUGAUCCUGGAACGCACUCUUGAUGAUGUGCCGGGACCACCAGUAGGUAUUUUGUUUCCAGAAGUACGGACCACUUCUGUCAGACUGAUCUGGCAAUCUCCUGCUCAGCCCAAUGGCAUUAUCCUUGCCUAUCAGAUCACAUAUCGACUAAAUUCAUCCAAUAGCAACUCUGCGACAGUGGAUGUCCUGAGCCCAAGUGCACGGCAAUACACUGUGAAUUCGCUAAAGCCUGAAUCUGUUUACAUCUUCAGCAUCACGGCUCAAACCCGUAAAGGCUGGGGGGAUGCUGCCGAAGCCCUGGUGGUUACCACGGAAAAGAGAGCACGUCCUCAGCCUCCUCGCCAUCUUGUGGUACCUCAGGAGAGCGUGCGAGCGCGGAGCGUAUUGUUGUCAUGGGAACCAGGAAGCGAUGGUCUUUCUCCGGUCCGGUAUUACACAGUUCAGAUAAGAGAACUUCCUAUUCAGAACUGGAUUGUCCAGUCAGCAUCUGUUAAUCACGAGGUGGUGCCAUACACUGUGGAAAGACUGAAGCCCUUCACAUCAUAUCAGUUUCGUGUAAAGGCCACUAACGAUAUCGGAGACAGUGAUUACAGCCAGGAGAGUGAAGCUAUCACCACUCUGCAGGAUGUUCCUGAUGAAGCUCCCAUCAUCCUCUCUGUUACUCCUCACACCACUACAUCUGUUUUAAUUGGCUGGCAGUCUCCAUCAGAGGAGAAGAUUAAUGGGAUUCUACUUGGGUUCUGUAUUCGUUAUCGAGAGCUAGUUUACGAAAGAUUACAAAACUUUAACACACAAAAACUCUCUAUCUGGAGCGAACUGACAUAUCCAUACAGUAUGAGGAACCUCAGUGAUCCGUCCUUCAGACAGUAUGAGUUGGACACUCUGAGCAAACACAAGCGUUAUGAGAUCCGAAUGAGUGUGUUUAAUGCUGUAGGAGAGGGACCAAUCAGCUCGCCACAGGAAGUGUUUGUUGGAGAAGCAGUUCCCACUGCACCACCACAAAAUGUUGCCAUCCAAUCAGCUACUGCGACACAGUUGGAUGUGACAUGGGACCCGCCCCCUUUGGACAGGCAGAAUGGAGACAUACAGGGCUAUAAGGUAUAUUUCUGGGAGUACGAACGAAAGAAUCACACUGAGAAGUUAAAGACAUUGUUUCUGCCUGAUGGAGCAGUGAAGCUGAAGAAUCUGACAGGUUUCACCACCUACAUGAUCAGUGUCGCUCCAUUUAAUGCUGCCGGAGACGGACCACGCAGCCCUGCCAUCAGGGGGCGCACUCAGCAAGCAGCACCCAGUGCUCCGAGUUUUAUACACUUUAGUGAACUCACCACCACAUCUGUGAACGUGUCGUGGGCAGAACCGGUUUUCCCCAAUGGGAUAAUCGAUGCUUACCGUCUCGUAUACGAACCCUGCACCCCCAUUGAUGGUGUGAGUAAGAUAGUAACAGUAGAUGUGAAGGGAAAUGCCCCACUGUGGCUAAAAAUCAAGGACCUGGUUGAUGGAGUCACCUACAACUUCCGCAUUCGUGCCAAGACCUUCACCUAUGGGCCUGAGGUGGAGGCCAACAUCACCACAGGACCUGGAGAAGGUGCCCCAGGACCACCAGGUGAUCCGUUCAUCUCUCGUUAUGGUUCUGCCCUCACUAUACACUGGACCAAUGGAGAUCCUGGAAGGGCUCCUAUAUCACGAUAUGUCAUAGAGGCCAGACCCUCAGAUGAAGGUCUCUGGGACAUUUUGAUUAAAGAUAUUCCUAAGGAAGUGACUUCAUACACAUUCAACAUGGACAUCCUGAGACAGGGGGUGAGCUACGACUUCCGAAUCAUUGGAGUGAACGACUACGGAUACGGAUCUCCUAGCCAACCUUCACCAUCUGUAUCAGCUCACAAGGUAGCUCCAUUCUAUGAGGAGUGGUGGUUCCUUGUAGUGAUGGCAUUGGUCGGUCUGAUCUUCAUCCUCCUGCUGGUCUUCAUCCUCAUCAUUAGAGGACAGAGCAAGAAAUACGCCAAAAAAGAAAUUGGUAACAGCCCUAACUGUACCACGCUGACCCAUGGAGAAAUGGUGGGUCUGGACGAGAGUCACUUUCCUACACUGGAACUGAACAACCGGCGUCUGUCCGUCAAAACCUCUUUUAACCGGAAGAACGGCAUCUACACCAGGUCCCCUCCUAGGCCGAGUCCCGGCAGUCUGCACUAUUCUGAUGAAGACAUAAACACAAAAUACAGUGACCUGAUUAAAGCAGAGAGCAGCAGCUUAACUGAGAAAAAAUCAGAGCUGUCUGAUUCACAGGGCAGUGAGAGUGAGUGUGAGUGUGACACCACCCUUCAGAAUCAGAAACAUUCAUUUGUUAAUCACUACAUCAGCGAUCCCACUUACUACAACUCGUGGCGUCGACAGCAGAAAGGAAUCUCAAGAGCUCCACCCUUUACUUACAGCCAAUCAGAACCUACUGAGCCUACUGCUGUUACUGUUCCUGACUCCACUCUAGCCACACCCCCUAGUCCCUCCCACGCUGAGCCUCAGUGUCUCUUCAGACCCAAAGGCAGUCGGACUCCCACUCCAUCGCAGCAAAGCUCCACCCACUCCUCUCUGUUUCGCCCACCAAGCAGCUUAGCACCAACAGCUACACCCCGCCCACCCAGCAGUUUGGCCCCACCCACAACACCCCGUCCACCAGUCGCUGGCUUCUCUUCUUUUGUCUGAUUGGAAAGACACAGUGACUAGUGCUGUCUUAUAAUAAUUCACCUCUUACUACAAAGUUUCAGGCUCCACCUUAGACACUAAACUCUACUUCUACAGUUUCUUUACUAGAAAAUCUUUUAAGGCUUUAUCGACAAUGACAUGGUCUAGUUGGAAUUCUAAACAAAAUUAUAUGGUCCUGUCCUAAACAGUAUUAUUUUAGUGUUCUUAACAGAACAUUUUUAGUUUCUGUCCCAAACAGUAGAAUUUACAAUCACCAUCAACUUUAAUUAAACAUAUGUACAUCUGUUCAUUUGUGCAGUUAUCCAAUCAGCCAAUCAUGUGGCAGCAGUACAUCAAACAUCACAAUGAUGGAACAGUAAAGGAAAGCAUUUCUUCAGCACACUAAUUGAAACCUUGAGGUAGAUGAGCUCCAACAGCAGAAGAGCACAUCAGGUUCAUCUCCUCUCAGCCAAGUACAGGAAUCUGAGGCACAUGAGUACAGACUCACCCAAACUGGACAGCUGAAGUCCAUAAAAAAACUUUUUCCAGUUACUAUACCCUUUGAUCUGGUCAUUCUCCUCUGAUCUCUGAGAUCAGACCUUCUGAUGUUUGAUUUGACGGAUAACUGAAGCUUUUGACCUGAAGCAGGAUUUUAUACAACAUGUGAUUGGCUGAUUAGAGACCUGCAUGUGUGUGCUAAUAAAGUGGACACUGUUUAAUAAGCUCAUUGUUAUAAUUUGAAUGCUUGCUGUUUUCAGGCCCAUUGUUACAGCACCUCAUGAAUAGUGUUCUCAUGGGAAUAUACUUUGAUGUAGAAUAUUUUUGUUAAAUGCUGAGUGAAAAGUGAAUUUAGGAGUAGAGCCGAGUCACUGUGGCUCAGUCACUUCAGACACUUUAGAAUAACUGAACAGAACACAGGAGGGAUGGAGAGAUGGAGGGAUAAGCUCACUGCAUCCUCACUGCAGUCUGACACCUGAGUCAUGUCCUGUCAUGUGAUUGGUUUGCCAUGCUUUUAUUUUUUUUACUUGUGUGAUAAAGCACAGAUCUUUAAGGGGUUUUCAGCUGGCUGUCUUUCUGACACAAUGUUGGAUCUACAGUAGGAGACACAGUCUGAAGUAGUGACUAGGCAGCAGGAAGAAAUUGCUAGAGGACACUUACAAAAAAGUUUAACAAUACACAAAGAGACUCAGUUAAUCUGGAAUGUUCCAGAGUUAACGAGUCAUUCUACUCUAUUACAGCAGAACAUCACAGAGUCCUAAACUCUAAUCAGACUCAGUCCAGAACCCUGCAGGUCAGAAUCAGCAUUGCUCAGAUCUAGUGUGCUCUGUGUCGGUGCAGUACGUAGGGCUCAUGUUUCUUCAAUGUAGUGGCUAGGGAAAUGUAUCUGUCUUUCUCUCACAGGAUUGAAUCAGCUGGAUGCUGGUAUAGACAGUGGAAUGAUGGGUGAAUAGGUUGGUAGAUAAAUCAUUGAUAAAUACAGGAAUGACAGUGGGAUGAAGGGUUGCAUUUACAUGAUGCCCUUAUAUAGACUGAUGUAACGCUGUUCGAUCAGGUGAAGGUGGAACAAUGGAUAGAGGGUUAAAUAGUAAUGUAGUAUUCCACUGUGUGUGAUUACUGUACAAGUUUGUUUAAUAUUUCCAUUACAAAAACCUGCAGGUUAGAAAAAUAUAAUAAUAUAAAAAUAAAAACAAGAACAGGAGAAAGUUUAUUUUUACUACGAUGUAGAAACAUGGAGGACGGAGCCUGAAAACACUGAUGUCACAUGUCAAUGUGUGUGUGUGUGUGUGUGUGUGUGUGUAAAUCAGAUUUAAACAUUGUUUUAUUUAAAUAAACAUGACUGUAUAUUUCUGGCUGUGUCUACAUAAAGCCAGUGACAUUAGCUCCUUAGACAGCUAGUCAUCUGACUCAAAAAAGACCGUCAUCAGUCUCCUAGAGGCUGAAGUUAUAUGAAAAAGCUAAAAGCUGCUUCUAUUUUCUUUAGUAUUUACCUUCAGGAAAGAGGCUUCCAGUUAGAAAACAUCAAUGUAAUCAGUACAAUUGGAACUAAAACACAGAUGAUUUCUUUUAUCACUUUUAAUGUGUCAGAAUUUAAAAAGUAAUGAACAUGUGACAAAUAAGAUUUUCUUUAUUACACACUCACACACACACACACACACAUAAUUGUGUGUUCUCCGGUUAAAAAUGGUUUUGUUGUAACAAUAAUGCUCCAAAAUAUCUGGAAAUGACAAGACUCCAGGUUUAUUUUGAAGAGUAGCUGGGACGAUGUCUCAGUGUAGUAGGAUCAUGAGAUUUGAACUGGGUUAUGAGCCAGUUUUUCAUCCUAAUGACAUAUAGAUCUGUAUUGUUUAUUACAGUGUAUUACAUCACAAUCUGAUCAGACAUCAUCUGAUGGAAUGUUGAACUAAAUUAUAUUAUUUUCUAAAUAAAAUAUUGUGUGCU